AGGGUUAUACUCGAUCUCAUUGUCACAAAAAAAGGCUGAUGACUUUAAGAAAAGACGACAAGUGCUUCAUUGACACACUAAAAAAACAGGAAAACAGUACAUGGGUAGUAGGUAAUGUGAUCAAUAUUCAAUUUAUUAAUUUGGUCUGGGAACGACACACUUUAUUUAUUCUUUCCCCUUCCACCAUCCACCGAUUUGAACUAAUCCAUCACUAAUACACAAAAAUGGCUCUACCUCUACUGCCGGAAUAUUCUCUCCCCUUCCUCUUCUUACUCACCGUAGCCACGGCAAUCCUCGUAUCAGGAUUCUCCAGACGCCGCCGCUCCGCCGACAAAUUAUCAUUACCACCAGGCCCACGGAAGCUGCCGGUGAUUGGAAACCUCCACCAGCUCAUCUGCAACCAGCCCCACCACCGGCUGCGGGAUCUGGCCCAAAAGCACGGCCCGCACGUCAUGGGCCUCCAGCUGGGCCAGCUCUCCUACAUCGUCGUCUCAAGCCCAGAAGCCGCCAGGGAAGUGCUGCAAGCCCACGACCUGACCUUCGCCUCCAGGCAGUACCUCCUGGCCUCGGAGAUCGUCUUCUACGGCGCCAAAAACGUCGCCCUGGCGCCGUACGGCGCCUACUGGCGUCAGAUCCGGAAGAUCUGCGUGGUGGAGCUGCUGAGCGCGAGGAGGGUUUCGUCUUUCCGCCACAUCAGGGAAUCCGAGGUCUCCAAGCUCACUGCCGCCGUCUCCUCCGCUGCCGUCGGCGUCGUUGACCUCGGGAAGCUCGUGAUGGCGGCGUCGAGCGGUUUCACUUUCAGGGCGGCGUUCGGGAUGGCGGCGAAGAAGGAAUCGCUGUUCUCCGGGCUGAUUGCUGAGAUGUCCAAAUCCGUGGGGACGUUCAGAGUGUCGGAUCUGUUCCCGUCGAUCGGGUUUCUUCCGGCGUUGACCGGGUUUAGAUCUCACCUAACGAAGUUGCAUCUGGGGGUUGAUGGCUUGCUGCAGGAGAUCAUUGAUGAACACAGAGCCCGGCGAAGCAAUAGAGGAAGGAGCGAUGCUGCUGCUGUUGAGGAUUCGGAGGAUUUGGUGGAUAUUCUUCUUAAUCUUCAGGAAGAUGGAAGUCAUGAUUUGGGGAUCCCGUUGACCAACGAUACCAUCAAAGCUAUCAUUAUGGACAUGUUCUCCGGCGGCAUUGAAACUACAUCAAUUACAGUAGAGUGGACCAUAUCCGAACUGAUGAGGAAUCCAAGUGUGAUGGAGAGAGCACAAGAAGAAGUGAGAAACAUGUUUGGUGGUGAAGGAAACGUUAACGAAGAAGGUCUUUCGAAUCUUACUUACUUGGAUUUAGUUAUUCAAGAGACUUUAAGACUACACCCAGCACUUCCCUUACUUCUUCCUAGGGAAGCCAGAGAAAGGGCAGAGAUCCAUGGCUAUGAGAUUCCUUCUCAAACUAAAGUAAUUAUCAAUGCUUGGGCCAUUGGAAGAGAUCCUCGUUAUUGGACAGAACCUGAUAAAUUUCUUCCAGAAAGGUACUUUGUUCGUCCAACUAACUUUAAGGGGAAAGAUUUCGAAUUCAUCCCUUUUGGUUCUGGAAGGAGAAUGUGUCCUGGAAUGUCGUUUGGAUUGGUUAUGGUGAAACUUGCAUUAGCAAAUUUACUCUAUCAUUUCGACUGGUACCUCCCUACUGGGACAACCCCUGAAAAUCUAGACAUGACCGAAUGUUUUGCUGCGUCAGUUAGAAGAAAACAUAGCUUGUGCUUGAUUCCAGUAGCACAUGAUGCACUACAAAAGUGAAGAACAUAAGGUCCUGAAAUAUAGAGAGUCAUGCUCGUCGUCCUAAAUUUGUUCUUCAAUGCCUAGUUUUCUAGUUCGUGUUGUUAUCUAUUUUUGUUUGUGUAUGAUUUCAAUAUCAUUGAAUUUUCUUCAUUUGUGUUUUUUCCUGUAAGACAAGUUUUAUAUUUGACUUGGUAUGAAAAUAAAUCAAUGAGUAAUGUUAUGGUUGCUUUAAA